AUGAAGUGGAUACUGGCAGUGUUGCUGCUCCGAUUGCUGCACAACAUUUCGUGCGAACAAUCCUAUGUGGUCACCAAUGAGAAACUGGAGCCCUUCGAGGGCGACUCGGAGACCUUGGUGCUGUUCGACACCCUGAAGACCGUUGGCCGGGAGCGAGCCCUCAACGGAUCCUUCAAGUUCCUGGGCGCAAUGAACAACGACGACUUCAAGGUGUCCGUCGAGCUCUACUCGAGUCCGAACGGUGACGGCGACUUCAAGCGCAUGGCCAUGGACGUGCCGCAGACGAGCAUCUGUGAGUGCUUCAAGAAGUUCUACGUGCAGUUCGUUCAGCCCUCGCUAACGCAGGGAGAGACCACCAAUUUUCCCACUGUCGAUGAGGAUACGUGUCCCAUUCCGGAGGGCGAGUACUACAUCAAGAAUGUCCUCUUCAAUACGGAGGACUGGCCCCAGCAGGUGCCGCGGGGCAUUCUCAAGGCGAUCAUAACGUUCUUCAGUGCCGGCAAGAAUGUCGGCGGUCUGACUGUGAUCAUCAAGAUUGAGGAUCGUCAGAGUUAGAUAACAACCUUAUAUAUUCAUAUUUUCGUUAAAUACAACAAAAAAAAGUCUUUGAAAGCGAAA